GUAUAUAUAUGUGUGUCUGUGUGUGUGUAUGUAUAUAUAUAUAUGUUCAAGUGCAGUACUCAAAUUGAACAGCGUGAUUCGAAAGUUUUGCGGGUCCGCAAGUGGAAAACGUUCAAAUUAUAAAGUCGCAGCAGUUAAACAAUUACCUUCAAUUCGGUUGAGAAGCGCGACAUUCGUAUUUUAACUGAUGGCGGUCAACGAAUAACGGAACUAAUAACGAAUACUGGAACUGAUCAAUCAAUCAAUCAACCAAUCAACCAAACAACCAAUCAACCAAUCAAUCAUUGCAAGUCUGUGUCGUCGCUUGCUUUUCGUUCCUUUUGCUGUUGCGUUGUUCAAAAUCGUGAACUUAUAAGAGUUACCUUUGGAUUCGUGUUUAGUCUUCAUUUACUUUAUCUGGGUUUUUUUUUCGUGUUUAUUUUGUUUUAUUUUUUUUUUUUUUUUAAUGGUGUAUCGUGUGCAAAUUGUAAGUUGAUGCUGUCAAUACUCUAGCAGCUGCUUGUACCUCGAUUGCCAGCGGUUGGCCCACAUUCGGCUCGUCCAGGUGCCACGCCCGCCCGCCCAGGUGCCCGCCCAGCUGCAGCAGUCGCGCAUCCUUCAGUCGGCAGGCGCCAUUAGAAGUGUUGGAGGGCUUGCCACAAACUGGCGCCCGCCCAGGACGAAGCCAACCGACGCCAGGUCGUGCGAAAAGUUGGUGGAUUUGCUGACAAUAUCAUUGCCAUUCCAGAGCUGGAGGUGGAAAAGCGGAAAUUUCGUCGUCGGCAUCGAAAACUGCAGCAGCAGCAGGAGCAGGCGCAGCAGCAGGAGCAGCCGCAGCAGCCGCAGCAAACGGAGAGGCAGCGGGAGGCGCAUCAACAUCAGGCUGCUCAUAUGAGGGUCCGGAAGAGCGAGCCACUUCAUCAUAGGCCCUUGAUCAAGGAGAAGCACAAGGAGAGGAACAAGGACAAAGACAAAGACAAGGAGAAGCUAAUGGCCGAGCGACAAUCGAAUGCCCAGGAGCGACGCAUUCAUGAGCUAGACCAGAAUGUGGAGCGUUACUUCGAAGUGCGCAAGCGCCUGGGCAAGGGCGCCUACGGCAUCGUGUGGAAGGCCACCGACAAGCGGCAAAAGGACACCGUGGCCCUCAAGAAGAUCUACGACGCCUUCCGGGAUGAAACCGAUGCCCAGCGCACAUAUCGCGAGGUUGUCUUCCUGCGCGCCUUUCGCCACCAUCCCAAUAUUAUACGCAUGCUGGACAUAUUCAAGGCUGCUAACAAUUUGGACUUUUAUUUGGUGUUCGAGUUCAUGGACAGCGAUCUGCACAAUGUUAUCAAGAAGGGGGACGUCCUCAAGGAUAUACACAAGCGCUUUGUCAUGUACCAGCUGAUCAAUGCGAUCAAGUACAUGCACUCCGGUAAUGUCAUACACAGGGAUCUCAAGCCGAGCAACAUUCUCAUUGACAGCAAAUGCAGACUCAAGGUGGCCGACUUUGGACUGGCGCGCACUCUGUGCUCGAAGCGGCGCAACAAUGUGGACUUUGACUGCAAGGAUGAGCUGGACAACGAGGCCAUGCUGACGGAUUAUGUGGCGACCCGCUGGUAUCGGGCGCCCGAAAUUCUGGUGGCCAGUCGCAAAUAUACAAAGGGCAUUGACAUGUGGAGCCUGGGCUGCAUUCUCGGCGAGAUGAUACGCCAGAAGCCGCUCUUCCAGGGUACCAGCACCAUAAAUCAGAUUGAGAAGAUCGUGAACGCGCUGCCGGAUGUGACGGAGCGGGACAUCGAAUCGAUUGGAGCCAGCUUCGGCUCGGUGCUGCUCAGCAAGAAGAUUGUGCGGGAUCGCCGCCACUCGCUGGACGAGAUGCUGCGCAACUGUUGCGACGAUGCCAUGUCCCUGGUCAAGUCGCUGUUGGUGCUCGAUCCGGAUGGCCGGCUGACCGCCAAGGAGGCCAUCGCCCACUCGUAUGUGCAUCGCUUUCGCACUGCCUCCGCGAACAUGGAGCUGCGCACGGACAUCAAGCCGCCGCUCGACGACGACGUACGCUACGGCGUGGACGAGUAUCGUUCCACGCUCUACGAGAUGAUCGCGCCCGACAUGCGAUCCAGUGCACGGCACUCGAGCACCACACAGACGACCCCAACAAAUGGCCCCGAACUGCAGCCGGGCAUCACCACGCGCGUCAUCAGAUCCGUAUCAAAAUCCAGACCACCCGCUGGGCAUUUCCAUGCAGCUGGCACCGGGCACGCGGAGCUGCCCGAGAAGCCGAUUACCUCGCUGACCAAGGCCUGGGCGGAGGAGCAACGAAAGCAGCGGCACUUGGAGAACCAGCAACACUUUCCACAGCGCUACCACCAGCAGCAGGCGCAACAACAGCAUCAGCUGCACCAGAAUUGCCAGCAUCACCAGCCGCAGCAGCUGGUGCAUCGCGGCAAGCGUUAUGCGAACGGGUUCAAUGAGGCCGCGCAGCUGCGUCGCACGGAACCGACGCAUGUGGCACUGCGCCGGGAACUGGCCGCUGUGGCUGCAACGGCACCGCGCUGCGUCAGCGGUGGCCUGUGGCAGGCGCCAGUUGGGCCAGCAGCUGCACCGCCCGUCGCACCGCCAGCUGCGACGGCAGCCGGGCCGGCGGCAGCGCAGCCACCGCUGCGCUUGUGGACGGAACCUGUGCCGGUGCCCGGACCCUUGCCCAUGCACGUGCCACCGCCGUCGGAGCCAGAGCCAAUGGGUACCACGGCACAGCUGCGCGCGCGUGUGCGCAAGCUGCGCAAGGAGUGCAAGGAGCGGCGUCUGAUCAAGAUCAAGGAGGCGGAGCUGGCCAGGAGGGACGCCAAAAUAGAGCUCGAGCCGUCGACCGAGGAAGAGCUCUCUGAAACCAUUAGCCAACAAUAUUCGCAAAUGCGCGACCAGACCAUGUCCAAUAUGCAUGCGGCAGACAUAGUUAAAUCGCAUGCCGAACAACUGGCCCAAUCACAUGCGCAAGAGUUGGCCGAUCUCCAAUUGAGGAAGUACGCCCAGGCGCAUGUCAAAACUAUGGAACGGGUGGUGCCCAAAACAAUGCAGCUGGCCCAGGCGCAGGCGCAAGCACAGGCCCAUGCUCAGCCUCAAUCGCAGAGCCCGGCUCAGGCCCAGACUUUAGAGCAGCAAUUGCGCAAGGAUCAAAAGCCCAUCGACCUGUCAUCCGCCUUGGAACGACUGAAGCUAGAGCAUCAGGAGCUGCAGCAGAGGAAGUACAAUAUCAGCGAAGCCGAUGCACUGAAUCAACGUGCCCAGCAGCAGCUAAUCCAGAAGCAUCAAAUGCGUAAAAUAGCCCAGGAAGCAUCCGAGAGCGCACUGCGUCUGCUCAAGCAGCAGCGGCAAAUGCAAAUGCAUCCGGAUGAUGAAGGCGAUCGCUUCUAUACGCCCGAGGGCACAACGCGGCAGGCGGAUUCGCUGUCGCAGGUGUCGGCGCCGUUGGAGCCGGGCGAGCUCGGCGACAAGUUGGAGGGCAAUAUUAAAGUGUCAAAUGCUUCGGCCGCGUUCGUCUGCUAUAAGACGCGCCUCAGCCGCCUGGAGGAGGAGAUGGCCAAGUGCAAGCGACAGCUGUUCCACUAUGUGCAGGACAAUCAGCAGCUGCUCACCAAGCAGAGCUUGCGCCAGCAUAUCGAACGCCUGCUGCAGUCCUCGCCGAUCCAGCCGCCGCAGCCGCCGCCACCACCACCACCGCCGCCGCCGCCGGCGUCGACGACGAGCAAGAGCGAAGCUGGCUUGGAUGUGCCCAAGCUGGACCGGGACAAGCAGAAGCAGCUGCAAAUGCGCGAGUUUCUGGCACGCGACGAGACCAACGCGAAUGCCUACGAGCUGCCCGAUCUGUGCAACGUGUACAAGACCAGCAGCUGCCAUGCCCAGCCACUGAUGCCUCAAGCGCUGGGCACACCAGAUUCACGGCGUCCAUUGUCACCCUCGAUGCUGGACACAGCCGACAUCGAUAAUAUGCAUGGCUAUGAUGUUAACCAGAAAAGUGCCCAACAGGCAACGCACUUCUAUUCCAAUUACUUUCCGGAGCCAGUCAAGAAUCAGGCGUUCGAGCAUGCCUGGAACAAGCGGGAGCACGCUCAUGGACAUAACGCCAAGCGGCAUCAUCAGUCAGCGGCGCCAAGCUGCGAUCGCCUGCGCAUCCAGGAGGCCAAUUUCUAUGACAACUUUGAGCCGGUGAAAAACGAUGAGCCGCAUGCAACUCGCAAGUAACCACCAGACCCAUCUAUAUACAUAUCGCCCCGGAUCGGAUGCCAAGCAAGUUUAACAAUAACAAUAACAAAUACAACAAAAGCAGAAGGAGAACAAUAACUCAAUACAAUGGAGAAUUCAGCCAGGCACAGAAGAGAACUUUAAGGAAACAUCUGGCAAAUUAUACAAAUAUGUACACACAUGCAUAUACAUACAUAAUUAAUGUGCCACAGCUUCGAAUAGAGUUUAAAGUUUUACUUAGUUAGACUAAAACAAAAACAAAUUGGCUUCUUAAUUGACUAUUUUAAAGAAAUGUUUCAUGCUUACCAGCAUGAUCCCUCUGCUUCCUCAGACGCUUCCAAUUAGCUUCAAUCAGGCCCUUUUCUGAAAUCUAGUCCUAAUCUCUUUGUCCGCAAGCUUUCCAUGUUCGUGGUUUUUAAAAAUAGUUAAAAAGAGUUCAUAAUUUAGUCGGGUUUCUCUCAAGAUUGUAGUCAAAGGAAUAAGCCCUCACCUUGAUUGAGGUCCCAAUCAGGCUUGGCGAGACUUCACUUCCUACAAAAUUGCGUUGUUUUUGGACUUAAUGGAAGCACAAUAAAUAAAA